AAUAUCAGCUCCGCCAUCAGAAUGUUAAUCCUAGCUUUUGCCCUGCUUCUCUCAGCGUUCGUAGCUGAGAGUCAGCCUUCAGCACUGAGUUCUCCACGCACUGCAUCUGUCGAUGGAGUCGUGAUCACCACCUCUCACAGUCAGAUACAUGAAGGGUUGACAGAACACCUGACAAUCAACUGCACCUUCACCCACCACCAGGGCUCGAACUUCAAUACGAUUUGGUCUCUUAUUUUGUCCAAGACAGACUCCCCGAGCGAUUCAGUGUACAGCGAAAUAGCUUCGAUUACGGCGUUUUCAAACAACAAAAUAGAAGAGAACAACACAAUGGGCGCGUUUGUGACGGGACACCACAAGCCAGAUGCGUACUCUUUCAUUGCCUUAGAGUGGACAUUCCCCAGUAGCCAGGUGGAAGGUAACUACAGGUGUGAGGCUAACGGAAUGGACCACAGAGGCCACCCACUCACCAGCUCAGCCAAUGUUGCAGUGGCCGAGACUUCAGUCACCAUUGAUAUGCUUCUCACGAAGAUGAACCAAAUGAACACCAAAAUGGAAGACAUGGAAAUGAAGCUCACUAAUUAUACGGCAUUGGAGAAAAGGGUGAACCACUUGGAUGCUGAACUGAACGAUCUUAUGCUGCGUGUGGAACAUUCUAAAAACGCGAUCACAGUGGCAUCGGACAGCUAUGGAGGCAGUCAUUACAUCGUCUCCAAACUAGUUUGGGGUAACGUAGUAGAAGCAAACCGCCUCUGUCGACUCUAUGGUGGAUACCUGGUGGAGAUCAACGACCGACAUGAGUACGAUUUCGUCGCUGGUUUUGUGAACAAACAGACUCACUUCUCUGGAGUAGCUGGGGCUUGGAUCGGAGCCACGGAUGAAGGUCAUGAGGGGACUUGGAGUUUUAUUACCUCUGGUGGCACGAUGUCCACUUUUGUGUGGCAUGACUCGGAACCAAACGGUGGGACAGAAGAGAAUUGUAUGGUUAUGUGGAUGGCAACGAAAAAAUUGAAUGAUUACCCCUGCUUUGAAUCGGACCCAAAGCAACUACCCGCUUUACUGUGCGAAAUCCCUGACCGGGUUUUCUAGAUGGAAACUGCACACAGACUUUGUGAACCAAAACAGACAUCCUCGGGUUAAAAUAUUAAGCUUGGUCUGUAUGUUUUCCCCAAAAGGUUAUUUUUGCAUUGUUCAUUUUCUAAAAAUGUGAACCAAUUUUGAUAAAGUCAGUACAUCAAUUUUCAGACUGUAAUACAGUCGACUACGGGGGAUUCGAGGUCGUCGCGGGAGUGAAAAAAAAGACCAACUCAUCCGAAGUUUAACUUAACCGUUGGGACCCGUAAAGUUGAAGAGGUGCUGGCACUCGAGAAAAAGAUCGACUUAAUCGAAGAACAACUCAAGCCAGUUCAACAGAAAUGGAGUCGACAAUAGCUUUCAUUCUUUGUUUCAUUAAUUCCCCCUCUUUCUCGCUCUGUCUCUUUCAUUCAGUCUCUAUCUUUUUGUCGGUCUGUCUGUCUGUCUCUCAUUCUGUCUCCCUUUCUUGGUCUGUCUGUUUGUCUCUUAUAAUAACUCACUAUCUUUUUCAAUAUCUCCUUCUUUUCCCCAACUCAAAUACCGUGCAUGCGUUUUUCUCAAAAACUGCUUUUCCCUAUCCACCCAGGGGAAAGUGUUUUUCAAUUUUUGAAACUACCAUACCACAGCUUAAAGUUAAAGCAUAGAUUUUGGCACAUAAGAGCAGCAUGAUCUGUUUUGUGAUCAAAGAUGGAAGGUGAAAAUGGUGAAAUGGUAUGAAUUGUGAAAUAUUGUUCACUUAUUAAAAAUGCACGUGUUGCAU